UUGGUGCGGAACAGGUCGCGGGCAAAAUUUGAACGGUUUAGAAAUGGUAAUGCGAAGUACGGCUCGCAGCCAACCUUCGGGCGAUCGAAACGCUCGGGUCAUAGUUCAAGUGACUCAGGGUCACAUUUGCGGUGCUACAGAUGUUCUUCCGAACGGAGAUCCAUACUAUUUCUUUAAGGGGGUACCCUAUGCCCAGCCCCCGAUCGAUGAGCUACGGUUCCGUUCGCCGGUUCCGAUUGAUCGGUAUCCGGUAAGCUACAUGGACUGCACCAAGGAGCGGAAUAACUGCCUCGGAAUGGACGUCAUAACGAGGGAGAUAACGGGCGAUGAAGAUGGCCUGUAUUUGAACAUUUAUACUCCGAAGGUGAAUCGGAAAGAUGGAACAGCUGAUCUUCCUGUGAUUGUUUUCUUCCAUGGUGGAGGAUUAGUUGGAGGACAUGCUGAUAGCUCGAUGUACCUACCGAAUUAUUUGGUUCAGGAAGGAGUGGUUGUUGUUACAGUCAACUACCGAUUGGGUGUGUUAGGAUUUCUCUAUCUGCCGGAAGUCGGAUUAGAAGGGAAUGCUGGCCUUAAAGAUCAGCGCAUGGCAUUGCAAUGGGUUCAUCAGAACAUCGCACGAUUCAGCGGGGACCCAAAAAACGUCACUCUUUUUGGAGCGAGCUCUGGUGGAGUAGCUGGGCACUAUCAUUGCCUCUCAAAAGAAUCGAAAAAGUACUUCCAGAAAGCUAUACUGACAAGCGGAUCAGUUUUCAUUGAUUAUGCUCAUCAAGAAUCACCGGAAGAAAAGGCACGUCAACUGGCUCGUCUUCUUGGACAUGACCCUAAAACUGACGAGGAGGUGUUCAAAGUUCUGUGUAAGGCUCCUGCUGACAAACUUUUCAGAUUACAGUUCCAAGUACUCACCAAACGGGAAAAGACCUUCGAAAAGCUGUUCCAGAUUCCAUUUUUACCCGUAAUUGAACGUGAGCAAUCUUGCGAUGCCAUCAUAACCAAACAUCCAAUAGAACUUAUGUCUGAACCCAAUGGCAUUGGAAUCCCGAUCCUCACGGGGUACAACAAUCGUGAAGGUAUCAUGGUGCUCAUUGACGCAGUCAAACAUCUUGACCUGUAUAAUAAAGAACCUAAACGCUUCAUACCUAGAACACUUAAUCUAGACUACAAUAGUGAGGAAGCUCGCGAACUUGGAAAGGAAAUCAAGAAGUUCUACUUCCAAGAUAAACCCGUAUGCCAAGAAACAGUCCCUCAGCUGGUGGAUCUUUUCACCGAUAAGUACCUCGUAGCUUAUCCAAUUAUCACAGAAAUGUGGGCUCGAUUCCAGCACAAUUACAAACUUUUCAUCUAUAGAUUCUCAUUCGAUGGAACGCUCAACAAGGGCAAAACUCUCAUUCCGGUGGCCCCUCUGAAAGGGGCAGCCCACAUCGAUGAAAUCUACUACCUGUUUAGUUCACCGAUACUAAAGACAGAAAUCCCAGAGACCGAUCCAGCCUACCAAAUGCGCCAAAAGAUGGUUCGACUCUUCACGAACUUUGCCAAACACGGGGAUCCAACACCUUCAACGGUGGAUGAUCCCCUGAUUGAUUUCAAGUGGACUCCGGUUGAAAAUGUUCCGAAAAACGGCGCAGGAUUGAAAAUGGACCUGCUCAGCAUCAAAGAUAAUACUCAUGUUGGUAUGGAACCGAUGCCGGAACGAGGUCGAAUGCAGUUUUGGGAGAAAUUGUUCCAGAAGUAUAAUGGUCACAUAGCGAAUAUUAAAAUUCCAACACUGCCACUUGAUAUGAACAAUAAUAUCUAAAUUUGUAAACAUUGAACUCUCAUAAAUACAAAACGAUUCGUUUUUUUUGUUUA